AUGAAUUUCAGUCUCCCUGAUGCUCUCAAUUUAAUAAAGGAGGGCCGAGCAAAUGAAGCUGUCGAUCAGUUAAAUAAAUUUAUUGAAUGUUUACAACCUCUUAGUCCAUAAACACAAAUACUAGGUCAAUAGCUUGGAAUUGAUUUGGAAUUUUUCAGGAUCGUUAAAUUCUCUGACUUUUAUGAUCCUGACCCAUAAAUAUAAGCUUUACGCUUUAAAUAUUAUGCUUAUAAAAUUGCAAGUAUCUAUUUAAUUCAAAAAUAGAGUGGGGUUAUUAAAUUAUCUAAUAAAAGAGAAAAGUAAAAAGAAGACAUGAUUUAAUUGAAAAAUCAGAGUAAUAUGGAAUUUAAAAUGAGAUUGGACGUACUUUCGGAAUAGAUGCUGAAUAAAAACAAUUUGCAGAAUCAAGAAUUUAAAUAAUGUCAGACAAAUUGUCUAAGAAGAAAUUAAUUUAUCAGAAAUAAUUAUUAUUUCAACUAGAUAUUGAAAAGAAAAGAACAGAUUAUAAAUUAUAAUAAGAAGAUAAAAUUGAAAAAGUUAGAAAAGCAUUAAAAACUGAUUAUGAUAAUAAAAUCUUGCCUGUCAAGGAACAUUUAGAAAAAGUAAACGAAAAAUUAAAAAAUAAUCAUAAAAUGAAAAAGAAAUAAGAAGAUGAUUUGAUUAAUAAAAGAAGUGAAUUACUCAAAAAUGCAUCUUUAAUGUAAAUAAAUAAUUUUUAUUUUAGUGAUGAUAAAAUAAAUAAAUUAGAAGAAAUGAGAAAAAAUUAAAUUGAACAUAUGAAAAAUGAAAGAUAAAUGAAAAAAUAAAGAUAACAUUCAUUUCAAGAAAAAUAAAAUUAAAAAUAUGAAGAAUAUCUAGAAAAAAUGAAAUAAAAAUUAGAACAAAAACGUAUUAUUAUGAUUUAUUUAAUAAUAGGUGUUGUUGAUGCUCAUUUUGAAUCCCAUAAAGAUUUCGGAAAAAGAAUUGUUUAAGAUAAUUUUGAAAAAAAUUUAGAAAAUGUUCUCAAUAAAUACUAAAAAUCAUAACCAAUUAUUAAUAAUUUGUUAUCAAAAUAAAUUGAUUCGAUUCAAACUAAAAAAUCAAUAGAAAAUGAAAAAUUUUAAAAGGUUAAAUAGAAUUUACAAUAAGAUCAUUUUCAUAAAGUUGAAUAAAGAAAUGUAGAGGAAGUUAUAUAAAGAAAAGAAAAAAGAUUAUAAGAGGAAACUCUAUUAAGAAAAGAGACUUAUUAAUAGAGAGUUCUUAAUUUUCUUUAGAAUCGCUAAUAAUUACAAAGAUUACAAUCUUAAUAAAUUGAUAGAUACAAUGCAUUUUUUUCUAGGUAAACAACAAGAUUGAAAAAUAUGAGAACAUCUAAUGAAUAGAUGAAAUCUACUGUUGGGUUUAUUUAUUAUUUAUAUUCAUAGUUUUGCUUUAAUGUAGGCCAAUAAAAUAGAAGAAUAGACAGCAUAAAAAAUGUCUAGAGCAAUUCAAUUGAUUAAUGAUCCUGAUUUAUAAAUGUAAUUUAAACCAAAUGAAAAGUUAACAACUCAAUAAAAAAUAGCUAAGAAAAAAUAGGAAGAAAUGCAAUUGUUAUUAAAAUCAUUUGUAACUAGUGAAAUUGAUUUGUUGCGAUUUUCAAAAUCAGUUACAGAAGUAAAAAACGAUGAAAAUUAAUAAUAAAAAUGA